AUGGUGAAGCAGGGUAAACAACAAGGAAUUGAUGCCUCGUUUUACAGCAAGGUAAUUGAAAGAAGGUCUGGGUUGGAGAUACAAUCGGAAGGUCAAUGGGUUCAUGGAUGCAGGCAGCAGGAUGGGAACCUUGAUUGCGGCUUGUUUGUCUGCAUGUGGGCAUAUUGUCAUGCUGUAGACAGUGAAAAUAUUUGGUUUAAGGUAAAAAAAGUCAACUAUCACACACAUAUUUUUUCAUAUAAUAAUUGGUGGAAAGAGACCCAUUGCCUCAAAAUUCAACUCUUUCAUUACUGUCGAUCUGUCAUAUGUGGACUACAGAGUUUCAAGCUUGAGUUGCUCGAAUCCACUUCGAGCAAUCAAGAAAUUGCAGUCAAAUGUUCGGACAAGGAAAUAGCGGCGCUCCUCAAGUUCAAGGCCGAGGUGACAGAUGACUACGGCCGUCUCUCUACAUGGGGGGGACGAGAUCACAACGACAACUGCUGCAGCUGGCAAGGUGUUCGAUGUAAUGCCCGAACCAAUCGCGUUGCGGCGCUGGCUCUUCCGGGCCCGAAAGUCGAAGACUUCACCCUCUCCACACCUUUGAGAGGUAACAUUAGCCGCUCUUUGAUUGAAUUGGUCGAUUUGAAUUAUCUUGAUCUCAGUAACAACGAUUUCAGCACGAUCCCGAUACCCGAAUUCAUCGGUUCUCUUGGCAAAUUAGCCUACCUCAAUCUAAGCCGAUCGAAUUUCGUCGGCUUAGUGCCGCAAAAUCUCGGCAAUUUGUCCGUGUUGAGAGUUCUUGAUUUGAGCGGCAAUGAGCAGGUUUCUGCCGAAGACCUGAAUUGGCUCGCGGGUUUUCGUGCUUUAGUGCAUCUCGAUCUUAGCAGGCUCUAUUUUUACGAUGUGAAAACGUGGCUGCGAGUAAUAAACGAGCUGGCAAUGUUAGAACAUUUAAAUUUGGGAAACUGUGGUCUCCACGAAACUCUUCUAACUUCGCUUUUCCCUCCGACCAAUGGCUCUAGUCCUCUAGCUUUUCUUGAUCUCUCUAACAAUAAUCUCGACAGGUUUUCGAUCUUGCUUUGGUUUUCCAAGUUUAGCAGUCGUCUUACGCACAUUAGUUUCUCUAGUAAUAACGAUGAAAUCGAUAGCGUCGAAGCUAAGAUACCCGAUAGUUUGUGGAAUCUGACAUCACUUUCGUAUCUCGAUCUCUCUUACAAUAACCUUAAACAAGAAAUUCCUAGUGCUUUAGGCAAUAUGUUGUCUCUUUCGUAUAUCGAUUUCUCUGGCAACAAAUUCGAAGGUUCGAUUCCUCAUACUCUAGGAAACAUGGUGUCCCUUUCGUAUUUAGAUCUCUCUAGUAAUAAUCUCGAAGGUGGUUUUCCUAAAUCCAACGGCAACCUCAAAGAAUUAGUGAGACUACGUUUGAACGAUAACAAGUUGGAAGGCGACUUAACUUAUAUGCAUAACUUCUUAUCGAAUUCCACCAAGUUAGAGUUUCUUGAAUUAAGUCGUAACAAAUUUUACGGUUCGUUACCCCCUUUAUCAAGAUUCUCGUUUCUGAGAAUCUUGAGUCUCGAUAGUAACCAGUUGAACGGGUCAUUCAGCGAAACGAGGCUAAAUCUUCCCGAUCUUAUAAUCUUGGAUUUGUCUGGAAAUCGACUUACGGGAGAAUUGCCCGAUCUUGCAUCGUGUUCAUCCUUAGAACUGUUACAUUUAAAUGAUAACAUGUUCGAUGGGACUUUGACCGAAAGCAUCGGACACCUCUCGAAGCUCAAUUCUUUAGAUCUUCACUCCAAUCGAUUCGAAGGCACAAUGUCCGAAAAACAUUUCUUCAAUCUCUCGCAAUUGGGAGUUUUGGACUUGUCUUUAAACUCGAAUCUCACCUUAAAUAUCUCCCCCGAAUGGAACCCUCUUUUCCAACUAGGUACAGUCAAGCUGUCCUAUUGUAAACUCGGUCCAAAUUUCCCUAAAUGGCUUCAAAAGCAACAGAAAAUUUUCCAUCUCGAUAUAUCCAGUUCCGAUAUCUCCGACACCAUUCCGAAUUGGUUUUGGGAAAACUCGCGCAUUCUCGAUUAUCUGAAUAUUUCGCACAACAAAAUUUCUGGCCCCUUUCAAAAGCUAUACAGCGUUACUGUAGUAGACGCAAGUUCUAACGAAUUCAACGGGUCGCUUCCCAUUUUGCCUUAUUCCAUGCAAACGAUCGAUCUAUCGAGAAACAGAUUUUCGGGCGGGCUUUAUUGGUUUUGCAAUUCGACUUACGGAGGGACGAUUGCCGAUCUUUCGGACAAUCUUUUAUCGGGAGAGAUUUCGAAAGAUUGUUUUAAGAACUUGGUCACUCUUGAUUACCUCAAUUUGUCGAACAACAAUUUUACGGGCGAAAUUCCGAGCUUAUCCGACGACUGGUACUGCACUUUCACUUCGUUGCAUUUACGAAACAACACUUUUCGUGGAGAAAUUCCUUCGUCGUUGAAGAUUUGCGAUCGUUUGCAAAUCUUGGAUCUUGGAGAAAAUUCCUUCACCGGAAAAAUACCCACAUGGGUCGGUGAAAAGUUUCCCGAUAUGGGUAUUUUGAGCCUAAGAUCGAACGAGCUAAACGGUACCAUCCCUUCGACUUUAUGCCGUUUGCAGAAUAUUCAAAUAUUGGAUCUUUCGGUGAAUAAAUUUUCCGGAACUAUACCGAGAUGUAUAAGCAACUUCACUCUAAUGGGAGCAAAACCAGGCUCGAAUCGAUGGCUCAACGGGCUUCGAUUUCUUGUAAUUCCUAAAGCAGCUGCGUUUUUCUACGACAACGCGUAUAUAACGUGGAAAGGACAGGUGUCCACAUACUCGAAAACUCUUGGACUUUUGAUAGUCAUUGAUCUUUCGAGCAAUGAUUUUACCGGACAAAUCCCGCCUGAAAUAACGGGUCUUGAAGGACUUGUCGCGUUGAAUCUCUCGAGGAACAGCCUAGUUGGAACAAUCCCACAAGAUAUCGACCGUUUGGAUUUGCUGAACUUUCUUGAUUUGUCGGAGAAUAAUAUCUCGGGGAAUAUUCCGUUGGCGGUUUCGAGGCUGAGCCAUCUCGGAGUGCUGGACUUAUCGUUCAACAAUCUGUCGGGUCGGAUUCCGUGGGUUGACCAUCUGUUGACUUUCGAUGCUUCUGUCUAUAAAGGGAAUCUUGGAUUGUGUGGGCCCCCACUUGCGAAACUUUGUCCGGGAGAUGAGGUGUCAAAAACUCCGAGAUCGGCAAAUCCCGGUAACGAAGAGAUUGAGUUUGGGGAGAAUGUAGAUAAGUUUUUAAAUCGAGGGUUUUAUAUUAGUUUGGUGCUUGGGUUUAUUGUCGGUUUUUGGGGUAUUUUUGGGAGUUUGUUUCUUACAAAGUUUAGGUUGUUGAUUGGUGUCGAGCGUUGGUUGCUUGUGAAGAUGGGAGUCGAAAAAGGCCGUUUGCGACGGUAUUUCCAGAAUCAAUAAAGAUUGGUAUUUCUCCAAUAUGUAUUGUAGAUGGAAAGUUUAAUUUUGGAUUAAGAAUCUUGUAAUGUUAUUGAGAUGUCUUAAAUCCAAUUUCAAUCUCAUCAAAGUUCCCAUUCUUUCACUAGUGUGUGUGUGUGUGUGUGUGUAAUCAUGAACAUUUGAUGUAAAAAUCGCAUUUUCAAUUUUAAUAUCUCGAUUAUUUCGAUCGUUA